UCGCCUGUUGUCCUUUUAUUAAAUAGUAUCGAUUCACGCUAACGGUGCGGUCGUUGGUGUCGGCGGCGACUGCACGAGGGAGAGCGGUGGCAAGUCGGCAUGGCCAACUUGCCGACUUGCGUAGUACUUGUCAAGGAUAGCUCGGAUUUGCGCCACCCGGGCGUCGACGACAAUGGGCGACGCGUGUUUGGAAAGGGAAGGGCCUUUCGUAGGGAUGGAAGUGGUUUUCGACGACGUGUCCUUGGGUUGGCUAGCCCAUUCGUCGACGUGGUCGACCAUGAACAGAAGAGCUUCUUCCAGCAUCGCUUGCUUCUUCAGCACAGACAGUUUCCACUCGUCCAUUUGACGCCUUGCGUCGGCACGAAUCGCAUCCUUCUCGGCUUGCAAGUGCUGCACUGCCGACCGUUUGAGUUCGUUGUGCGCUUCCGUGACGACGACGUCGAGUUCGUGCUUGGCAGAGGCCUUGGCUGCGGGCCGGGUCAAGCCAUGGGUCCAUCCCCUCGACGCCGACUGCGCUUGCAUGUCGCGGUCAAGUCGAAGCUGCAGCACUUCGGCACGCAGUGCGUCGAUCUCGCGUGUCUGCGCCGUCACUUUCAUAUUGGCGUCACUCAGCUGGGACAGGAGAAGCUCGCUCUUCUUGGCCAUGUCGUGCAACGUUGUGGCCAUUUGGAGCUCUCGCUGGCUCAUGGUGGUGUGGGGUGGUCGUGGGGGAGCAGUGGCCGCUGGACGAACGGCGGCUGCUGCGUUGUCGCGAGGCGCCCCGCGACGAAAUCGCAGCAGCACGAAGGCCGACUCGUCGCACGCGGUGACCUUCGACUGGACUUGCUGCAACGAGUAGACGGGUUCGCCAUUGAUUGCCAGCAAAGCGUCGCCGGGAAGGAUCGUCUUGGAUGCUUCCGCCGGUCCAAUGUCCCCCGCAUGUAGCCGUCGAAACGACGUCACGAGCAGCGCUUCGUGCGUACGGUCGUCCACCGCCAGGCAAAACCCGAGUCCGUUGGCGUCUUUUUGGAGCAACACGUCAAACACCCCCUUUGCGGGACUUGGAGCCUCGGGCGAUGGCGGCGCGGACUUGCCGGCCGUUGAAGUGGUCGAAGUGGCCAGUCGACAAGCCAACACCGGCAGGUCGUCCGUCGUCGAGGUCGCGAGCUCGGGACUUUCCAUUUGGUCCAUGGCCAGGUCGUCAUCUCCAUCGACGACGGCGUAGUCAGCGUACUUUGCAGCGGUCAGAACACGACUACCUGACGCUUUCCACGUGUGGAGGGUGCGCAGGAGGCGCGUCGGGAGGAGUCCGGUGGGCCCGCCCAUGGGCGAAGCGGCGGCGCUGGCACUGGGGCGUGGAGCGUUCAUCGAGCGACCGAUAGCUCCGCGAUAUGAAACUGCUCCGCU